AUUUGACAGCACGAGAACAAACAUGGCGCCUAUGGGAGAGAGUGCCGUCAAUACCUUCGCCUCUCCUCUCCUGUCUCUGUCAGCUGUCAGAAAAGAAACUGGCUGGGUGAGGAUUAGCAAGUAGUGACUGCGAUCAGCUGUUGGCCUAUAUCCAUCUUUGGUAGUUUUCCCACCUGUUUUUGGCGAUGAGGAGGCGGCCUGUGAGAUAGGACUGAAUCCCCUGCCACAACUGCUUUAGACUACGCACGAACAGUUUGGCUUUGUUUCCUCACUCAAGCGAUAUGUUAAAAAGGUAAACACCCUGCCAACCAGCCUCUCGCUCUCAUUUAGUCAUCAUUCCCACUUGCUACUGAUGUCAUCAUCACCCAUGAAGCCCUGUCCCAUGUCUGGACUUUCCAAAACACUGGAUACUCUUUCCAUGUCUUCCUUUUUAUCUGAGGAGUUAGACGAGGAUGGGCUUGAAGACGGCCAGAACGAGGAUGGUCUUAGAGACCUUGAAGUGAACCCAUAUGAUGGUCUGCCUUUUUCUUCUCGCUACUACACCCUCCUGCAAGAGAGGCAACAACUUCCCAUAUGGAAGUUAAGGAAGAAUCUAAUGGAGCACCUGGAGAGUCACAACAUGGUGCUACUGAGUGCACCCAGUGGAGCCGGAAAGAGCACUCAGGUGCCACAGUGGUGUGUGGAAUAUGCUUUGUCAUAUGAAUUCUCUCAAGGCCUGGUUUGUUGCUCCCAACCUUAUUCAGUGGCAGCGGUCAGUCUGGCCCUUCGUGUGGCCGAUGAGAUGGACCUCAGCUUGGGUCUGGAGGUGGGCUACGGGGUGGCUCAUGAUGACAGUUGUACACCAGAUACCUUGCUCAGGUUUGUCAGCGACACGCUCCUGCUUGAGGAAAUGAUGUCAGAUCCCUUGUUGCAUCAAUAUGGCAUCGUGGUUUUGGACGAGGUCCAAGAGCGCACCGUAGCGACGGAUGUGCUGCUUGGGCUGCUGUGCGACGUCUGCCGUCAGAGGCCUGAUAACUUCCACGUGGUUCUUCUGACUCACCCGACUCUCGCUCCUCGGCUUGCCUCCUUCCUGGGUCCUGCCGUCCCUCACCUCUGCAUGGGCAGCCUCCCAUCGGAGGCACCUACAAAUGGACAAGAAAAGGAAGGUGUGGUAGAAGAGGAGAGGAACUCUAUCAACCAGAACAAAAUGGAAAUUAUGUAUCAGGAGCUUCCACCUCAGAAGGACCCUGUGAUUGCUGCUUCUCACAUGGUUCUAGAUCUUCACCGAAAAGGAGAGGAGGGAGAUAUGAUGGUGUUUCUUGCAAGUGCACAGGAAAUAGACGAAUGUGCUACACAGCUUGAAGCAGACCGUGCAUCCCUAAGUCCUCACCUUGGUUCACUCAAGCUCAUUCCCCUCCACACUGGACUGGGUGCGCUGACUCAACGAGUGUACAACACUGAAGUGUCCACGCAAAAGGAGAAUGAUGGGUUGGAGGGAAAGGACAGCACAACACUGGGUGUGGCGGAAGAGCCAGCGAUCCAGAGGAAAGUCAUUCUCACCAAUAGCCUGGCUGAGGCUUCCUUCUCCCUCCCAGCCAUUCGCUAUGUCAUAGACACAGGCCUUCAACUCAAAACUGUUUACAAUCCUCAGAUAAGAGCAAACUCACAAAUGCUGAAGACAAUCAGCAAAACACAGGCAGACAUGCGAGCUCAAAGAGUGAAUAGCAAACUUCCUGGACUGUGUUUGCGCCUGUACCCCCAGUCUAUGUAUGAUAAGGGCAUGGGGGAAGCUCAUUGUCCUGGCGUAAUGGAGGAAAAUCUCAGCCACUUAGUCUUGUUGCUCAAGAGACUGGACAUUGCCGACAUGGGUCAAUGCAAAUUCCUAGACAGACCAGCCCCAGAGGCUUUAAUGCAAGCCUUGGAGGACUUAGACUACCUAGCAGCACUGGAUGACGAUGGUAACCUAUCAGAAGUGGGCAUCAUAAUGUCAGAACUGCCGCUGGAGCCGCAUCUGGCUAAAGCCCUGAUAGCAUCUUGCGAAUAUGACUGUGUUGAUGAGCUGCUCACUAUCGCUGCAAUGCUGACAGCUCCUUCCUGCUUCUUGAGGCCGGAACCAAACAGAGAGGAGGCUGCCCUUGCUCAUUGGCGACCUCUAAUGCACAAUGAAGGCGACCACAUGUCUCUCAUUAACGUUUACAAUGCCUACAUGGACCAUAAUCAAGAUGAGGCAUGGUGCACGACACACUUCCUGAACCACGUGGCCCUGCAGCUGGCUGUGGUCAUCAGGGCCGAGCUGCUGGAGGUCAUGCAGCGAAUUGAACUGCCUGUGUCACACCCUGCUUUUGGUUGCCAGGACAACUGCACAAAUAUCAAGAGGGCUCUCAUCUCAGGCCUCUUCCUUAAAGUGGCUCACGAUGUGGAUGGUUCAGGUAACUACCUCCUGUUAACUCACCGCCACGUGGCUCACCUGCACCCUCUCUCGUCAUACCUGUGUCGUCAGCCCUGUCCCGCCCCACCUGCCUGGGUUCUCUACCACGAAUUCACUAUCUCCUGUGACAACUGCAUACGCAUCAUAUCUGAGGUCCACCCACAGAUGCUUGUGGAGCUAACGCCUCAGUACUUCCUGGGAAACCUUCCCUCUAGUGAUGGCAAGGAGCUGCUCAUCAAGCUGAGACAGAAUACACAGCCUUACGGUUACGAACGAGAUGGAGUAAUGGACGCUCGCAGCAGGACCCACAAAGAAACUGACACUGAUGGAACGGGAGAUGCUCAAAAUCAGUCUGGCACUGAGCUCUGUGUUGUCCAAUGAAUACUACAUGUGGGUAAUGUAGUGAUGUGCUUUAUCUUAAACUGGGCGUUUAUCAUUUACUGGUACAGGAAAACACUAAUAGAUUUUAAUGAUAAGUUCUCUAAUGAUUUUGGAAGAAUGCACACCUCGUGUCUUUGUCCUUAUUGCAGUGUACCGUACUGUUAACUUAUUUAUAGAAUUCUGUCAACUUUUAAAGAAACUCAACGUUAUUUUACUUUUAAUAUUGAUAGGGGAUUUGUUUCUUUCCAUUUGUUCUUCAGCAUAUAUUCCAUUUGGAGAGUCUUUGUAGAGAAAGGGAACCUGAUAAUAUUUAAAUUAACCAUAGUCAUUUCUCAGAAUAUGCAGUGUGUGGUAAUGCAC